AUGGCGUUCGCCAUUCACCCUCUCAUGUCGACAUACCCUGGUGCUUCCUUCUUCCCCAAUGGAAACCUGACAGGUCCACAUCUUGCCAUGCGUUCAGGAGGUGAUUCGACAGGAUACUGGGGCUAUGUACCUUGGGAGGUCCCCUCUAUGCCUGAAUGGGGACUGCCACCUGCCAUCGUGGCGGCUCAAGAGGGCCGAGGGACAGGUAUCUGGGGUUUGACUCUCGAAGGACCAGGUGGACACAUGUUCAAUUACGGAUGGCCAAAGUACGGUCCAAUGCCUCUCAAACCUGAGCUCGGGGGUUUCUAUGGCAAGACGAAUCCAUAUGGACGAAGCUGGCCCCACGGCUUCUACAAGAGUGUUCACUAG